UUGGUCAUUAUUGAGCGACCUACGUCAUCAUUAGUCGUCGAAGAAUCAGGCACACACAUGGUGGGCUCUUUACAUUUAUUUUAAACCUGUAGUUUGUAAACAUAAUGAAUACGAGGAUUAUGUGACAGCGAAAGCAGUGAUAUAAAUAUGCUAGUUUGCUGCUCAUAACUCAACUCAUACUGCUUACCGGUGUAGCUAGCUAGUAGAAACGAACUAGCUUGCUCAUUGCUCCCUUCGAAUUUUAACGUUACUUCACAACUCUAUUUGAAGAUGGCACUUUUCCUGAUAAAUAGGUACCUUGGAGAUGACGAUGACAAUGAUGGAUCUAGCAAUGAAUCACGAUCCAAAGCCCUUCUGGCAAAGCUGCAGGAGAAAGCCCGUGCAAGACAGCAGCAGAAAUCUGCCACUGAAGAGGAGAGCAAGGCUCAGCUGUCUGGUGAAGAGGUUAUUUCAAAGAAAAAAAGAAAACCCAAGGACAAAAAUGCGCUGGGACAAGGACACAAAAGGAGGAAGAAAGAGGAGCUUGCCCAAGGGUUGUCUGACACAACCUUACAGUUUGAACACAAGGACUUGAGUGCACCAACAGGCACAGGAAAGAACUCCUUGUCAAGAAUGAAAAAGAAAAGGAAACACAUUAAAACAGAAGAAUUGGAAGAGGCAGAAAGCAGUUCCUCAGAAGAAGAGGUGGAAAAAAGUGUGCAGACAGAGAAGAAGUCAGUGCAGCAGAGUGUUUUGGCAGCUGAUAAACCAGAAGAGUCAGACAGUGAGGAGGAGGAGGAGGAUAAGGAUGAGGAGGAGGAGAGAGUUGAAGACGUGAGCCCGGAAGAAACAAAGGAACAGACUGACCAGUCAACAGUGAACUCAGAAAAGGGCCUCUCUCAAUCAGGGUUCACUAUCCUGGGUGGAUUUGAGAAAAAAACUGUACAGAAGGUUCAGAUGGUUUUACCCCAGUGGCUUGCACAGCCAGAUGUGGUUCAGAAGGAUAUAAACAAGAAUUUGGUCCCAGUUGAAGACAUCACGGGAAUCUGCCCCAGACUCCUGAAGAAACUGGAGAAUAAUGGGAUCAAGCACUUCUUUCCAGUGCAAGCGGAGGUCAUUCCUGCCAUUCUCGAGAGUGUGUGCCAUGGGCUACUAGUCGGCAGAGGGGGCUACAGGCCUCGAGACAUCUGUGUGUCUGCACCUACUGGCAGUGGCAAGACGUUGGCCUUCGUCAUCCCAGUCAUUCAGGCCUUGUCACAGAGGGUGGUGCGCAAAGUCCGGGCUCUGGCGGUGCUGCCAACCAAAGAGCUGGCACAGCAGGUGUGUAAAGUUUUCUCAUCAUAUGCCGAAGGCUCCGGGCUGAAGGUGGUCAUGGUGACCGGGCAGAAGUCCUUUGCGGCUGAGCAGGCCUCUCUUGUGGAGAAUAGUGGAGGCCAAAGCCGGAGCCUUGCAGACAUCGUCGUGGCAACCCCUGGCAGGCUGGUAGACCAUAUCAAUAAGACUGCAGAUUUUAGUCUGCAACAUCUACGCUUCCUUAUAAUCGAUGAGGCAGACCGGAUGAUUGACAGUAUGCACCAGUCGUGGCUGAGUCAGGUGGUGAAGGCUGUGUACAAAUCUGGAAGUGGUUCUGAUGCCUCAAUCUUCAGGAGAACAGAGCCUGGACCAAUCACUGCUGCAAGCCUGUCCCAGCCCCAGAUGCCACUCCAGAAGCUGCUCUUUUCAGCCACUUUGACACAAAACCCAGAGAAGCUGCAGCAGCUGGGUCUACACCAGCCCCGUCUCUUCAGUUCAGUCCACAGCCGACUUCCAGCAACGGACUCCUCCACAACUGCCACCUCCCAGCCCCAAGAGAGAUUCAACUUCCCCCAGGGCUUGACGGAGUACUAUGUGCCCUGCACCCUAAGCAAGAAACCCCUCCUCAUCCUCCACUUCCUUCUGCGGCUGAAGUUCAGCCCGGUGUUGUGCUUCACCAACUCCAGAGAGGCGGCCCACAGGUUGUUCCUGCUGGUGCAGAUGUUUGGGGGUGUGCAGGUGGCAGAGUUCUCUUCCCGGCUCAGCCCUAAUGAGAGAAAGAAAGCCCUAAAGGGUUUUGAACAGGGAAAAAUCCAGAUGUUAAUCAGCACUGACGCUGCAGCCCGUGGCAUCGACAUUAAGGGGGUGAAGUGUGUCGUGAACUAUGAUGCACCCCAGUUCAUCCGGACUUACGUUCAUCGGGUGGGGAGGACCGCGAGAGCAGGGAAAGCUGGACUGGCUUUCACAUUCCUACUGGGAAUACAGGAGAAGAACUUCCUCCAGAUGCUGAGGGAUGCUGGCAGCCCUGGGGUGCAGAAGCAGAUUGUUAAGCCUGAGAGCCUUAAGGGGAUGGAGGACCACUAUCAGCAGACCCUUCUGGAGCUGGGGAAUGUAAUCAAGGAAGAGCGGGCCAAGAAGCGGAUUUGAUCAUUUGUGUCCGUAUAAAAGAAGAAAUUAUUUCGUUUGUGAUGGGUUUUCAACUUUGAGUAUACAUAUGUCUUUCAUUGUAUUUAAUAAAGAAAUUUCUCAUUAA